AUGGACGAAUUUGAUCCCUUGUCGUUGUUUUCAGCGGCAGAGCCUGAAAACCCCCUUACAAUUAUCCCGGCGUUUGUCCAAUCUUGUCCUCAGGACACACGUGACGCGGCUUCCCAGGAUGAUUCGGAUACUGAGGUGUUUCCCAUCCACAUCCUUGAUAUGCCGUCAUUAUCCACCAAACCGCCUGCGGCUAUCCUUCUCGUCUUACUUAAGCUUCUUGCUCCAAACCAGCAGUACAACUUUGCUACCAAAACAAAGAAUCUCAGCACAGACGAGAUCUUGGUCACAAGAGGUUUGACCCUCGCUCAGCUCGAAGCGGUCCUUCCGUGGCUCUCCGCGUACGCCCCAAGCCUAUCCACCGUUCCUCAGUUACUAAACCUCUCUCAAUCUGCAGCCACACUCCUUUCAACGCCCGACUUCAUGAACUACAUCACCCGCAUCAUCUCGUCCCCGUUACUCUGGAUAGACGAGGAGGACGUCCAGUCCAUCCAGAAAGAGGCCAGUUUGCGUUUGUCAGAAAACUGUGGUCGUACCGCUCAGCCGGAGAUCAUCCGCCAGAUCACGCUCGAGGGGUUGGAGGAGAAGACUGGCAGAAAAAACAUCGUGCUCAAGGAGCCAUCGUUGACGGCAGAUAACUUGGGCUUGAAGACCUGGGGGUCUUCCCUCAUCUUGUCCCAGCGCCUCUUGACUGAGUUUACCUGCAAAUCCAAAGAGGACGGAGGAAGGGUGUUGGACGAACCAGUGUUGGAGUUGGGCUCAGGCACCGGGUUGGUUGGGAUGAUGAGUGGCAUUUUGGGCUACGCCACCUGGCUCACCGACUUGCCGGAAAUCGUCCCUAACUUACGUGAAAACGUCCGUCUCAAUGAAUUAUCCUUGGUGGUGGAGGAACUAGACUGGUCACAACCCCAGGGCUAUGAAGAAAAGCACCAGCAACAAACCAGCGAAGGAUUCAUGACGAUUCUCAUCUCCGACCCGAUCUACUCCUCCAGGCACCCUCCAUGGGUCGUCAGCAUGUGUUCUCGGUUCUUGAGGGACUGUCCGACGGCCCGGGUAUACUUACAGAUUCCCGUGCGGGAGAAGUUUGAGGCGGAAAGGGCAAACUUGUGGCGGUUGAUGGAAGUAGCCGGGUUCGAGACAUGCCGCUCUGAGUUGGAAGACGGGUACGACGACUUUGGUGAGCAGCUGUUUGUCUUCAAGGAGUUCAAAAGGGCGUGA